CGGAGGGAUGGAGCCGGCCGGCCCCUGCCGGGCGCAGUUGGGCUCCGCCAACGACUCUUACCGAAACUGUAGCGCCGAGGAAGUGAUUUACCAAGAUGCCACCCCCCUCUCCGGGAAGAUCGUGCUCGCCGUCGUCCUGGCGCUGGUCACCCUGGCCACGGUGCUUUCCAACGCCUUUGUCAUCGCCACGGUCUACCAGACGAGGAAACUCCACACGCCGGCCAACUAUCUGAUCGCCUCGUUGGCCGUCACCGACCUCCUCGUCUCCAUCCUUGUCAUGCCCAUCAGCACCAUGUACACUGUGACCGGCAAGUGGACGCUGGGUCAGAUCGUCUGCGAUAUCUGGCUGUCCUCGGACAUCACCUGUUGCACGGCGUCCAUCCUGCACCUCUGUGUCAUCGCCCUGGACCGCUACUGGGCGAUCACCGACGCCGUCGAGUACUCCACGAAACGGACUCCCAAGCGGGCAGCGGGCAUGAUCGCACUGGUAUGGAUCUUCUCCAUCUGCAUCUCCAUGCCCCCUUUGUUUUGGCGGCAGGCGAAGGCCGAGGAAGUAUCUAACUGUGUGGUGAACACGGACCACGUCCUGUACACCGUGUACUCCACAGUAGGAGCAUUCUACUUCCCCACUCUGCUGCUGAUAGCCCUCUACGGGAGGAUCUACGUGGAAGCCAGGUCGCGGAUUUUGAAGCAGACGCCAAAGAAAGCAGGUAAAAGACUAACGCGGGCACAGUUAAUUACAGACUCCCCGGGGUCGACCUCCUCCGUCACGUCCAUAAACUCCAAGGCUCCCGAGGGAUCCAGCGAAACGGGCUCCCCCGUGUACAUGAACCAGGUGAAGGUGAAGGUCUCGGACGCCCUGCUGGAGAAAAAGAAGCUGACGGCCGCUAGAGAGCGGAAAGCUACAAAGACUUUAGGGAUUAUUUUAGGAGCCUUCAUCGUGUGUUGGCUGCCCUUUUUCAUCAUCAGCUUGGUGAUGCCUAUUUGCAAGGACGCUUGCUGGUUCCACAUGGCCAUCUUUGACUUUUUCACGUGGCUUGGAUAUCUCAACUCCCUCAUCAACCCCGUCAUCUAUACUAUGUCUAACGAAGACUUCAAACAAGCUUUCCACAAACUCAUACGUUUCCGAUGCACAGGCUGAAAUGUUGAAUGCGAUGUGUUCCCCGCGGCAGCCCCCAUGCACGCCCGCGCCCGGCGCCACAGGAACUACUGUAUAGAGGCACAAGAAGUCUCCUCCAGAGACAGGAAUACCAACCUCUGCUGAAGAUUUGCAGGCCUUAUUCCACUCUUUACCACUCUUAGUAAACCUGUCACAAGCUGAACACACUCAUUGACACAGUCCCUGUAGUCGGGGUCUUGGCCCUUGCAACCAGCAAGAGCUGGAAAAAGAAGUACCAGAGAUAAACCUGCUGGGUCCUUUCAGUGUGCAAGAAUCUCUUUUUCUUGGAUUGUAUGUAGGGCAGUCAGCCUGAGAGGAUCUUCACAAACUGAAGGGAACAGCAUGCCCACACUGAUAGUUUCCAAUACUCAGCUGCUUCUGUACCACAGAACUGCUGAUGGUGUAUCAGACAAGAUGCAGAACUUUAAAAAUUUCAGGAAUGGCCAAGAAACCAACAACUGAGCAUCAGGCACUGAAUAUCUUUUAGAAAGCACAUCCUUUUUAGUUCACAGGUGGUGUGAGGAGGAACAAUUGACUUGAAAAUUACAGCCGUUCUGCAAUUUCUUCAAAUUGACAUAAAUCAAGGAAUAACUACUUAGAAUAACCAACUCCUUACUCCAGGACAUGAUCAGAACCAGAAAAUUAUAUUGAAGCUGGGAAGAUGAAGAGAUGUUUGGAUAUGCUGAGAUCACAGUUUUCAGCUGUAAGCACAGGAGUGCACAUUUUAACAAUGGAGCAGAUGCUUCCAAUUAUCUGCAAUAAGGAGAAGGGACACUUGAAAAUCUAGCUAGUAUAAGGUGGCUGUCAGAAGGCUCUUGGAUAAGAAGAAAAGGAUGCAAAGUGCAGCAAAAUAAUUUUACUUUCAUAACACAUUAAUUUUAAGACUGCUCUACAAGUUGAAAAACUCAUAUGUAUUCUAAUGACUGAAAGAAAAACAAUCAAACUGGAAAUCUUAAUGUAGAGUGCUUUUCCUAUUUUAAACCAUGACAAACUUUACUCAUGAAAUAUUUCCUUUGAUGUUCUACAAUGUUAUUCAAAUUUAAAUAGAUUUACAUGUUUUACUGUGCCUACUGCUUGCUCAUGUAGUGCUUAUAUGAACUGAAAAUAAGAUUCCCGUAGAAAGGGAUGGCUUGUAAUGUACAGAACUGUGCAACACAGAAGAGAAGAAAUUGUACAACAUAGAAGAAAUAUAAAUGUAGCCCCUUUAUUCACUCUUUUGCAAUUACUGCAUGCCACAUCCUGGGGCAUGUUUUUGAUUUGCUAUGUGCUUAGCAGAGUGAUGUUCAGGAAGGCUGAAUUGCCUGCCCAAACCAUGCAUGUGCUGACAGGCAAAUUCAUGUCUUGUCAUUUGUUCCUUGGUCUGUGCUAACUCAGGCUGCCUGCACUCUCUGCGUGUUUUUUUCUCCCGACCCUCAUGAAGAAGACAAGAACCAUGGACAAUCCUUCUCUCCAGCGUGUCAAGCCUGUGUUCCAGCCACACCUUUGCACUUCCCCAUCACUCUGAUAGCUGAGCUGUCACAUCUUGUCCGUGUGGCACACAGAUGAGUGAGGUGCUGCCAGAAGACACAAUGGUAACUGCAGAUGUGCAGGCUUUGGGUAAGGCUGCUCUGAACAAGCCAACACCAAGUUCAGGAUUGCUCCACAUUCUUUGACCAUAUCAACAGCAUGUGCCAAAUGAUCCGACCACAAAACCACAGCUGUGAGUUUAUUCUCCUGGACAAGCCCAAAUGCAUUUUUGUUUGUGAGUUCCAGCACUCUUCUUUUGUAUUUGAUUACCUGGGAGGGGAAAAAAGUCAA